CCCGACUCACAACUCACAACUCACAACUCACAACUCAUAACUCACUACUCUCAUAUCUCAUUCAUACCUUUGAGAAACUUCACUCCAAACACACACUCGACUUCAUAUAUAAUUGUACUUUCUGUCCCCUCCACCUUUGCUUUCUUUUUUCUCUUCUUCUCUUUUCUUUUCAUCCUUUCCCACUUAUAUUUCACAUUCACAUUCUCCUUCUCAUUCGAUUCGCAUCCACCAUUCACCACUCAUGCACCCAAGCUGAAUCUCCAACCGCCGAGGAUUUACAUCUUACCGAGCUAAACGCGGAACAUGGUAGAAAGAAGAGACACUAGACAAUUAAAAUGCCCACUUUAAUUAACCCAUGACGAUUUGUAGUACAGAACAGACGCUGCUCAAUAUAUUCACACUACCCCAACAACCAUAACUUUUUUUGAUUCUUUGCGUCCCUUCGUUACCAUUCCACUGGGUCAAAGAGAUUCAUCAAAAAAAAUAACGAAGGACUUGAAAAAAAAGACGAAACGUUUUUUGUCAUUGAUUCCCAUAAAAAUAUCCCGCCCUUUUGUAUCGAAAAAGUCUACUUUCGAUUCAAUUUUUCUAUUUUAAGGAACUUGACGAUUUUCAUUGACGACAUACAUACAUACAUUCAAAUCAAAUCAAAUCAAAUCAGACCAAACCAGUCCAGUCCAGUCCAUACGAACAUACCAUACUAUACGAACUAUCAUCUCAUCAUCUCGGAUAUUGUAUUGUGAAAGGCAGAAGGCGAAGUUUCAAUUACACCUUUACCGACGAACAACCAUCUCUACAAUCGUUUUGUGUUACCUCUCAAUUCUCAUCUCAUACCAGCUCAAGGAACACAAUCCAUCAUCCAUGAGGCAAAGACAUCAAUCAGCAAUCAAUCAAUCAUCAUCACCAUCACCCUUAACCUCAUCAUUAUAAUCACAUACGAUUCGGCUGGACCAAUCUCUCAUUCAUUGGAAACUACAUCUCAUCGAGAGACAAGAAAGAAAAAUCACUUCAAAGUACACGUGAAUGAAGUCGAGUUCUUUCUGCAUUUCCUUGGUUGAAAAUAAGAGAUAGCAUUACCUACUCCAAUCAUUUGCACACCAAUUGAUUGAAUUUACUACUAAUUUGACCCGACUUGACUCUGGGCGACAAUCUUAUCAGAAGGGCAACACAUCCUUCCGUCAAGAAUAAUUCAUUGUAAUCAUUUAAUCGGCCUUUCCAAAUCCUGAAAGUAUAUCACGAAUCCAAACUGUCCGAUUCUCGUCGAUAUCAUAUACUGGGCACCACACCCAGAAUAAUUUAAUUUCGACGAGACCUUGAAGGAUUCUCAAAAUAACCAUCGCAAUCAUCAUCAAUCUCAAGAUUUCGUGGUGUUUUGUCUUUACACAUCAUCUGGUCUCCACAUCCUCAACGGAUCUCAGCUCGGCCAAGGGGAACGACGUCGAUAAGGUCACGAGUCUGGUCUUGCUGAAAAGUGAUUUUUUUCGACAACAAGUAGCUCAACGACUCCAAUCCUUGGAUUUGUGCUUAAACGUAAUCUAUUCAAGAAAGAAGCAGGAUACCAACGAAUGGAAGGGUAACUGGAUCAAUCGACCUUUUGAGAUUUCCCAUUUGAUUUGGAAAGCGCGCGUCUGCUAUUUUAGGAAGAAACGUGAUCUUCAUCCGAAUCUUAUUCACGAAAGCUCAUCACAUUGGAACAUUGGAACAUUCCCAUUAUCAAACACUUUAAAUACUGGUAAAUCAACUUAAAGGAUGGCGCCUAACACCAUGAAUACAGAAAACAUCCUUCUUGAAACUCAGGAGCUUGUGAAUUUGGCUCGAGAAAUUUUGGUGGUUAACUCAGGCAGUGAAGAAGGAAUAAAAAUCACUCAAGAUAUAGUUGAAAUGGCGACUCCAGAAGGUACAGAUAAACACGCGGAAUCACCGACAGCGAGAUUCACAGCAGUCAAUGGUAGAAAUCAGAAUGAAACUUCGCCUACGACCAAUGGAAAUGGAAACGUUACUAGCACUGGAGUAAAUGGGAACGGUGUUGCAAGGAGGGGUUCCGAUGAGAGGCCAAAUGGACAACCUAGAAUUUCACCUCCAGGUCAUGAGAAAUUGACCAUUACAACAACUCAGGAUCAAGACUGGUCUUCUUCGAAAAAUGGAGAACGAACUCAUUUACCUGAUCGCCAAAUGAAUACUAGCCAGAAUUCAAAUCAUUAUUCCGACGAGAAUUCUCACAAACGUAAAAGAUCUGGUUCAAUGGAUCAAGGUUCAUCAUCCGCAAAUUCAUACCACAGCCACGCCCUACCAAAUUCAACAAAAGCGACACCAACCACGGCGACUACCGAGUCUGAUGGGAUCAGAGAUGAUGGAAGUGUUCGAGCAAAAUCCCAACCUCAUUUAGAUUCCAGAGAGACGUAUAGCGCAGAUUCACAGUACAGACAAUUCAUGUCAGCAACCGAUUCAGCUCGAGAUACGCCUUCAAAUGACUUAUGGCAUAGUCGUCAUUACCCUCAGCAUCCCCAAGUUGCUUCCGAUGAGCACAUUGGAGAGGUAUUACAAAGAGCAUCUCAAAAUCUGGAUGCACAGCAACAUGAGUACGAUCGUCGUACACUUUCUGGUGAUGAUAAUCGAUAUGCUGAUCCGCAAUCUGCAUACAGCCAAGAGAGACGGGAAUUGUCUGCACAAUCGGAUCUCAAGAAGCGCAAAAGAAAUUUCAGUAACAGGACCAAGACAGGCUGUAUGACAUGCAGAAGACGAAAGAAGAAGUGCGAUGAAUCCAGGCCAGAAUGUAACAAUUGUCUCCGUGGUGGGUUUGUCUGUUCCGGAUAUCAACAACGAGGUUCCUAUCCGAAGGUCGAAAUGAAACAAACUCCAGUUCCAUUACAAUCUAAAACCGAAUACGAGAGCCCCUCUUCAUACACGCAGCCAUCACCAUAUGGAAACCAACCUGGAAUCCCAACUCGAAGGGAACCGUUACCUGGAUAUCGCGGCCAAAGCUUACGUGUAGAUCCUCACAGCAGAGCUAUGACAGAUGCAGAUGAUCAAGCAAGCGCAACUACCUUACCUAGUGCUUCCAUCACAAGCCCAGAGAAUAAUCGAAUAUCUGCAUCAGGUUAUGGAAUCCAACAAACGCCAACUCCUGUGAGUGCAAACAGUGCCCAUCCAGAUCGCUACAAGAGUGAGUAUCCGCGCGUUGGACCUCUCCAUGAUCUUUCCAGGCAAGAGUCAAGAACAGAUCCGGAUACUGGAACACCGCAUUCUGCUCGUGAGCCUACUUCGGCUCUUCCAAAUCUACUCAAUCAUCAGAUUCACCCCGAUAGUCCCCAUAGCAGCGCCCAAGUUGCCGCACAACUAGCACUUUCUCAUCCUGCAAGUCGACAAAGAACUCAGAAGGAAGAAAUGUUAGCUGGCCGUCAUUACUUCCCAUUCGAUAAAGAACUAGUUCUUGAGCGUGAACGUUGCAAUACAGCUUGCUGGCGUUUCAACAAUAGCACAAAUCCCAAUAAUGGUGUAUCACCCGAAGAACGAGCUCGUCAAUUCCGUGACAUCCUUCAACCACGCGAUCAUGUCAUUUCUCCCACUCAAGCUACGCCUGUCACUCCUGUUGGUAAAGUCGGCGAUAAUGUGGUCGUCGAAGCUCCAUUUACUUGCGAUUAUGGAUACAAUAUUAGCAUUGGACAAGAUGUCGCGAUUGGAAAGAACUGCACGAUUCUUGAUACUUGCGAGGUUAAGAUUGGUGAUCGUUGCAAUAUUGGACCCAAUGUUAAUCUCUAUACCGCUACCCUACACAUUGAUCCAAAGAGAAGACUUGGAUCCCGAGGACCAAAUUUGGGAAGGAAAAUCAUCAUUCAAGAGGAUUGUUGGAUUGGUGGUGGUGUAACGAUUUUACCUGGUAGAACUAUCGGGAAGGGUAGUACAGUGGGAGCGGGCUCGAUUGUCACAAGAGAUGUUCCACCUUAUACAGUGGUUUGUGGAAAUCCGGCAAGAGUUAUUCGUGGUCUAUAUCCGCCACAUGAAGGCUAAUGGAUAUUCUGCAAGGUCUCGUUAUGAACGAUGAGUUAAUGGACUACCUCUUUAAUAUUUGAUUUUAUCUUUCAUUUCGUACUUUUCAAUUGUAUCUAGGGAACCUUUCUUGGAGUUUUCAAUUCAUGCUACUACCGUUUGGGCUUAGAUCGGGAUGGAGAUGUGUACUGAAUGGAAUGGAAAGAGUUGAUUGCUCUGGUAGCUUAUGGCGUAGGGAGUGGCUAGCAGGCUAGGAUGAAUAUUUUAGCUUGUCUUGUUUGUUUGUUUGUUUAUUUAUCUGUUUGCUUUUUUGUCUAAUUGCUUGCGUGGCUCAUGGAUCGAAGAUGGCUGGGGGACUUUUAUGAUAUACAUGUAGGAUGAUUAUGAGGAGGAGAAGAAGCGAGGGAGGGGCUAGAGAAUGCAUGGCGGGAUGGAUGGAUGGAUGAAUUGGAUGGGAAAAGUAUAUUGUAUUCAUCAACUCGGUUCUCUUCGCUUUAGCUAGAAGUGGAAUCGAAAUAGGAAUGAAACUUACUUAAUUUACUUACUUGUAUUGAUGACUUUAUCUUUUAGAGCACUCCUUUUUUUUUUAUCUCGUUACUUGUUUGAAAUCUGUUGACUUUUGCUGUUU